AUGGCGCUGGAUUGGGGUGAAGGCGGGGUGCGGGUGGCUUUGCGAAGGGCGCUGGUGUACGCGCCCUACCAGCUGGAUGAUGUUCCUCUUAGGAUCCUAACAGUUGUCACCGAGUCCUUAGGUCUCCAGCUGGAUGAUGUUCCUCUUAGGAUCCUAACGGUUGUCACCGAGUCCUUAGGUCUCCAGCUGGAUGAUGUUCCUCUUAGGAUCCUAGCAGUUGUCACCGAGUCCUUAGGUCUCCAGCUGGAUGAUGUUCCUCUUAAGAUCCUAACAGUUGUCACCGAGUCCUUAGGUCUCCAGCUGGAUGAUGUUCCUCUUAGGAUCCUAGCAGUUGUCACCAAGUCCUUAGUGGUGAUGCAGGUGCCCACGUUCUCGUUCAUCGAUGGUGUUUCCCGUGGGGAGCAGCCGUUCCGCGCCUACGACGUCGCCCUGAGCGAGGUCUUGGAAAAGAGCGUCCCACCGGUGGGCCUGUCGAGAGGAAGACUCCAGGUCUGCUCUGUCCCAUUUCCUCCCACGCAGCGGCUCACUCUGAAGGAGGUGUUUGAGGACGGGAAGCCUAGGCUUGACGUCUUGAAGAGCCACUUGGUGAAGGAAGGGCGCCUGGAAGAGGAUGCGGCGCUGAAGAUCAUCAACGACGGGGCUGCCAUCCUUAGGCACGAGAAGACAAUGAUUGAAGUGGAGGCUCCCAUCACAGUGUGCGGUGACAUUCACGGGCAGUUUUUUGACCUGAUGAAGUUGUUUGAAGUCGGAGGAUCACCCAAUAACACCCGCUACCUCUUCCUGGGAGACUAUGUGGACAGAGGCUACUUCAGUAUAGAGUGCGUGCUGUAUUUAUGGAGUUUAAAGAUAAAUCAUCCCAAAACAUUGUUCCUCCUUCGAGGGAACCACGAGUGCAGGCACCUCACAGAAUACUUCACCUUUAAGCAGGAANGUCGAAUCAAGUAUUCGGAGCGAGUGUAUGAUGCGUGUAUGGAUACAUUUGACUGUCUUCCUCUUGCUGCCCUCUUAAACCAGCAGUUUCUGUGUGUUCACGGAGGACUGUCUCCAGAAAUCACGUGUCUAGAUGACAUUAGGAAAUUAGACAGGUUUAAGGAGCCGCCAGCCUUCGGUCCGAUGUGCGACCUGCUCUGGUCCGAUCCGUCGGAGGAUUACGGCAAUGAGAAAACGCUGGAGCAUUUCGCCCACAACACUGUGCGAGGCUGCUCCUAUUUCUACAGUUAUCCUGCAGUUUGUGAAUUUUUGCAGAACAAUAGUUUGCUAUCUGUAAUCCGAGCUCACGAAGCCCAGGACGCUGGGUACCGAAUGUACAGGAAGAGCCAGACAACAGGCUUUCCAUCGCUAAUCACAAUCUUCUCUGCACCAAAUUACCUAGAUGUCUAUAACAACAAGGCUGCUGUACUGAAAUACGAAAACAACGUCAUGAACAUCAGGCAGUUCAACUGUUCCCCUCAUCCGUACUGGCUCCCCAACUUCAUGGAUGUCUUCACAUGGUCUUUGCCUUUUGUAGGGGAAAAGGUCACAGAAAUGCUCGUUAACAUCCUCAACAUAUGCUCCGAUGAUGAGUUGAUUUCAGAUGGUGAUGAGACAUUGGAAGAUCACUACAUUUCAAGCUAUCAGAAAGGUGGGACAACAGUCCGUAAAGAGAUCAUCAGGAAUAAGAUUAGAGCCAUUGGGAAGAUGGCACGUGUCUUCUCGGUGCUUCGGGAGGAGAGCGAGAGCGUGCUGACUCUCAAAGGCCUGACCCCCACAGGUACACUGCCCCUGGGAGUGCUCUCGGGGGGGAGGCAGACCCUGCAGACCGCCACAGUAGAAGCGGUAGAGGCACGGGAAGCCAUUCGUGGGUUUUCGCCGCAGCACAAGAUCCGCAGCUUCGAAGAAGCCAGGGGGCUGGAUCGCAUUAACGAGCGCAUGCCGCCGCGCAAAGAUUCAAUGCACUCAGACGGGCCGGUGAACUUGGUAACCUCAACAAACUCUGCGGACAAGAACGGCACAGGGAAGAAAGCCCAGUAA